UCAUUUGAGGACAGAAUGCGCUGAUCCAUCGACCUGUACAGUGGUCAAACGAGGACAUUAAUUACUGAUUACAUUAUGAGUCAAACAGAGCGCGAUGCGGCUGCGCAUGCUGAACCGCCCCAGAUGGAGAUGUUGGGGUUGGGCGGGAGCAGGGGGCCCCGCACCUAUAGGAGGAGGGUUUGGAGAGGCCUGCGGCAGCAGUGGAAGCUUCUAGGUGUGUUCGAGAUUGACCAGAAGCACGAGUUCUACGCCCUCACCUACAUGAUGAAGGAGGGCCUGUCCGCUGCGGUGCAGAACACAAUCGACAACCCAAUACCUAAUGAACUCUCCGAUGACGAUUACAAACUUGAAGUCACCCAAAUCCAUAAGGAUUUCAGGAUGGAGACGUUUGCGGGGCCCGUGUUUGCCAGCCUGCGCCGCUCGCUCGGGAUGGGGGAGAGAGAGUAUCAGCGUUCCCUCUCGGCAGAGGGCUACUACCUGCAGUUCAUCAGCAAUUCAAAGAGCAAGGCAGACUUCUUCCUAACGAAUGACAAGCGGUUCUUCUUGAAGACCCAGAACAGAAGGGAGAUUCGCUUCCUCCUGUCCAACCUGAAGAACUACAUGGCCCAUCUGGAGAAGUACCCCCACUCUCUCCUGGUGAAGUUUUUAGGUGUACACAGAAUCAAGAUUCCCAACCAGAGGAAGAAAUACUUUAUAGUGAUGCAGAGUGUCUUCUAUCCUGAUGAGAGAAUCGUUGCCAGGUAUGACAUUAAGGGCUGUGAAGUGAGCCGGUGGACCAACCCGGCACCUGAGGGCAGCCAGGUCAUCGUCGUCCUCAAGGACCUCAACUUUGAGGGACAGUAUAUCACCUUAGGCCAGCAGCGGCCGUGGCUGCUCUCUCAGGUGCGGAUCGACACGGCCUUCCUGCGAGCGCUCAAUGUGUUGGACUAUAGCCUUCUUCUGGCCCAUCAGCCUCUGCACCAGGACGAGCAACACAACAGUCUCUCUUUCGCUACCCUCAUCAUGCGCACCAAAAAGUCUGUGAAUGCCAGUCCCGCCCCUGGCGUCCCAGGGGCGGUGCCUGAGGAAGACCCCACCCACCUGGCCAAAGAAGCACACAAUGGGACCCUGCGGCAGCAGGUCGUGGAGGUCACUGGCGGUGGUGGUGUGGAAUCUGUAGACAGGGGCGAGCCGCUGGAAUCUUCUGAGCUCCGAGAGUUCCAGGCCCAGAACCGGCGACUGCUGCCCAACUUCAAGAACCCGCUCCACGUGAUCGACGGGCCCGAGCAGCGCUACUUUGUCGGCAUCAUCGACAUCUUUACGGUGUAUGGUCUGAAGAAGAGGCUGGAACACCUGUGGAAGAGGCUGUGGCAUCGAGGGCAGACCUUCUCCACCGUCAGCCCUCCGCUCUACUGUCAGAGGCUAUGCCAGUGGGUGGAAGACCACACCAAAUAGUCCGGGAUCAACCAUGACGGGAAGGGCAGCCGACUUGCAGCAGAUGCAUGCAACGAAUGCGUACAGGCAUCUGCACAUCAACAAUGACAGUACAUCCAGAUACUAUACUGGCAUGGCAAUGUUUCACCAUUUAAGAUGCCCAGAUGAGGCAGAUGAGAUUUAGCAGUUCCUUUCAUUACUAUGGAAUGAGAGCACUUUUUCGGUAACCUUUAGCACUUAGCCAGAAUCCUAACGCAAGAGCAUGUUCCUGUCCUAGCACUGGGCUUCCCAACUCAGUCGUUGGGUGUGACCAGAUGGUCCACAGUUAUGCUCCUAUUCUAGAUAUUCAUGGUUUCUUGAUUGCUUUGUUCAAAAUGUCUGGAGACAGCAGAAAUAUGGACCUGCCUUAUGUACUGGGAGAAACAGCCUUCUAGUGCACCACCUACAAGUGCUUCAUAACAACAGGAGUGUAGUCACUGAGAAAAAUGUGGUAUGGUACUUGUUCUGCAUGGUACUUGUUCUAUGACAACACUCUGUUGUAUCACUUUGGCUCAUGCACAGGAGACUAUGUUAGUAGCAUUUAAGAAAAUAUAGCAAACAAUUCAAUGCAAAGUCAUAAUUUAAUAUCUUAAAGCACAACAGAGGGUGUGGCUGAACAUCCUCUAGGAAUCCUUUCUUAACUUACUGACUUUACAUAUUUCUGCUAACAUUAUAGCCAAAAGUACCGGCGGAAAAAUGCUCUCAAAAAGCCUGAAUUUGGUAAAAUGAAUCACAGGCACGUAUCUAGGAGUUUUAUCACAGCUACGUAACUCCAGAGACCACUUCAGCCUCAGCAUCUGUUGUCUAGAGCCAUAAGUGAGCAUUUUCUACGUUGCAGAAAAAGCACAAAUAAAUGUGGUACGCAGCAAAAUAAAAUAGUAUCUUAACCUUACUGUUUCAUGGUAUUAUGUCAUUCUGCAAAAAUGGUUUGACUUGUGCUUCAAAG